CCGGUCGCUGAUUGGAUGAGGGGCAGCCAAACUCCCCCCACUCCUUUCCCGCAGGGUUCUGUUGCUUGGCAACCGAUUUGCGACCUCCAGCGAAGCGGGCACCCAGUUACACCUGUGAAACGUAAACUACCCGACUAACAAGGGCCCCACACUGCCCUGCGCUUACACCUCUCCCGCUCGCCGCCCGCACGGACGACACGGGUUGUGCCAGGUGCUCAUCCAAGUUUGCCUUGAGACCAGGCUGUGGGCUGGCACGGCGGUCGCACACCGCAGUUGAGCACGUGCCCGGUUUCCUUCUUGAAGUCAGAGGAGAAAAAAAAGUCACUGUUCUAUGUCCAAUUUAGAGCCACUUCUGUUGGGAGGACACAGCGUUCUGGGGCUCUAGAAAACAAGAUUUAUGUCGGAGUGGGAGAGUGACCGGUAAUCUCAGACAUCUGUCUCAGAGUGCACCCUAGGAGUGUGGGGACAAGUGCCAGGCCUUUGCUGCCUUAUCAUGCACCGCAGGGCUUACUUCUUGCUGGAAAGAGACUUCCAAGAGUUGAAGGAGAACAAUUUUAAGGGUAUUACUGCCUUUCCUGUAAGUGAAGAUCUGAUGGAAUGGGGAGCUAGUAUUCAAGGUCUACAGAAUACAGUUUGGCAAGGAUUAUUCUUCCAACUGACAAUAAAUUUUACAUCGGAGUACAAUUUGGUCCCUCCAGUUGUGAAAUUCUUAACAAUUCCUUUUCAUCCAAAUGUAGACCAAAAUACUGGUCGGGCCUGUAUAGAUUUUUUGGACGACCCUGCUAAGUGGAAUACAAGCUAUACAUUGAGCAGCAUUCUAUUUACCCUCCAGGUUAUGCUUUCGAAUCCAGUGCUAGAAAAUCCAGUGAAUUUGGAAGCAGCCCAAAUGCUGAUUAAAGAUGAAUCUCUGUACAAACAAAUAGUUCUAAGAUUUUUCAACCAACCAUCACAAUUGAGAGAUGACAGGCCUGAGUCACUUAAAGAUCCAGAUAAAUUUAUCAGAUCAACUAAGGCAGUCUCAUUUAAUGAUUACUACAAGACAUGGUCUGGAAUAGCCACAUCCAAAGCCACAGAGUAUUAUAGAAGUCCAUUGCCUGAAGAUCCACAUUUUAUUGGAGAGUAUCAUAAAUGGAAGAAACUUGAAUUAAAACAUCCUAGAGAAUGGAAUCUAAAGUAUGCUGCUGCUAUGGCUCGGCUUGCCAGAGAAAGCAGAAGGCCUCACAAAGCCAAUUAUCCAACGGAAAGUGUUCAUCUCUGCCCAACUCCAAUUCAAAAUUUUCCUAAUGCACAACCUGAAAUUGAUAUCAUCAUGAAGACCGAUAGAACAAAGGAGAGGUGGAAGAGUGUAAUUUUACCAGAUGAUGUUAACACGAAUGAGUCAUGGGAAGAAGAAGUGGAAGACCUGGUCACCUGGACCAACACUCUUGAUAUAAAUGUUUUAGAUGAUUCAGCCUGAAGCUCCAGGAUUUAAAAAAUGAACAGCCUCAACCACAGAUCAAUUUCAUGAAGCAACUUUGGAACAUGGAUUCCAUUUUUUUUUCAAGUUGGACUCAUGCUCUCACUUCAAGUACAAAUUAGAAAUAUAACUACAAAUCAGU